GACGUUUUUAUGUAACUUUGGAUGACUGCGCGAAAUACAAAGUGACAAAACGGCAUUUCGGCGCGCUGUUAAGUCAGUGAGAGUUGUGAAUUAACAGCACGUCCAGCCAGUGGUGUAUGAUGGAGUACGGAAAGGAGAGAGUGGUGGCGUUAGUGGACAUGGACUGUUUUUACGUCCAGGUGGAGCAAAGGCUGAAUGCAGCUCUGCAGAGCACUCCCUGUGUGGUGGCUCAGUACAAGACAUGGAAAGGAGGCAGUAUCAUAGCAGUGAGCUACGAGGCCAGGGCCCAUGGUGUCACCAGGAACAUGUGGGUGGAUGAUGCAAAGAAACUGUGCCCGGAUCUCCAGGUGGCACGAGUGCGUGAGUCUCAUGGCAAGGCGGAUCUGACACAUUACAGGGAGGCGAGUGUGGAAGUGAUCGAGGUAAUGUCUCGCUUCGCUGUGAUUGAGAGAGCCAGCAUCGACGAGGCUUACAUGGAUCUGACUGCUGCGGUCCAGCAGCGGCUGAAAAACAUGACAGACAAACAAAUUGAGCCUCACCUGCUGAGGACGACCUACGUCCAGGGGUACCCACAAAGUUCACCUGAACAGGAAGAAUCUGCAGAGGACGCUGCUUUGGAUAAAGAGGAGCAGAGGUGCAGAGGUCUCCAGCAGUGGCUGGCGUCUGUACCCGUCACUCUGUCAGGGGAACAGAGCUCCGCAGAACUGCAGCUAACUGUGGGGGCACUUAUUGUUGAGGAAAUGAGGGCAGCUGUGGAGAAAGACACAGGUUUCCGCUGUUCAGCAGGGAUAUCGCACAAUAAGGUAUUGGCCAAACUAGCUUGUGGUCUGAACAAACCAAAUCGACAAACUGUUCUGCCUUUGGACUCUGUGACAGAACUUUUCAACUCUCUGCCCGUCGGCAAGAUACGAAACCUGGGGGGCAAGCUGGGCGCUUCCAUUACAGAAACUCUGGGGGUAGAGAACAUGGGAGAUCUUGCUCGCUUCUCUCAGGCUGAACUGGGACAGCACUUUGGAGAAAAGACAGGUCAGUGGCUGUUUGACUUGUGUCGGGGGAUUGAGUUUGAAGCAGUGAAACCCAGACAGCUGCCCAAAUCCAUCGGCUGCAGUAAAAACUUCCCCGGGAAGACAUCACUGGCUACAAAAGAGCAGGUGCAGUACUGGCUUCAUCAACUGGCCCUUGAGCUAGAAGAGAGACUUACCAAGGACAGAGAAGUGAAUGGUCGAGUGGCUAAACUUCUCACGGUUGGUGUACGUCAGCUCGGGGAUAAGAGGCCGAGCAGCUUCUCUCGCUGUUGUGCGUUAGUGCGCUACGAAGCAACCAAACUAUCCAGUGACAGCUUUGCCAUCAUCAAGAGUCUAAACACAGCAGGGAACCACCAAGCAGCAUGGACUCCACCCCUCACUCUGCUACAUCUCUCAGCGAGCAAAUUCAGUGAUGCUCCAUCAGCAGGGGGCAUCGCUGGCUUUCUUUCCAGUGAUGUCACUUCAACCCAGAGUCUUUUAUCCACCACGCAGCGCUCCACGCAGACACCUGCUGAACUGAAAAAUGACUCUACGUGCAAACAAGCUGGCACCAUCCAGUCCUUCUUUCAAAAGGCAGCUGAGAAACAAAAACAGAAGGUUACAAAAGAUGGAGACGGUGAAGACGGCGACGAUACAGGUGCCACAGGGAUUCUCCCAGCUUCCUCCUCUCUCAAAACCUCUGCUACUGAUCAGUUGGAGACCAAUUGCCCCGUUUCCUCCUUCUCACUUUUUUCUCAGUCUAAAAAUGGUUCUGCCAACCCCCCGUCUGGCAUUUCCUCUUUCUUCCACAAGAAAAGUCUUGAAAGAAGCUCAAACAAGCUUGAUGUGGCACAUAAGGCUGGACCUAACCAUAAAGAAGACACUGCUACUGCUGUGUCAGGUCUACAGGCCAAACAGGACUCAUCUCAGCAGUCGCCACGUGAAGAGUUGAGGGAUGAACUGGACAUGGAUCCAGAGGUAAAUCACCAUCCUUCCAGUGUGGCCAGAGAAGACAUGUUGAACUGUGAACGCUGUGGCCAGGAGGUGUCAGUCUGGGAAAUGCCUGAACACAACGACUACCACUUUGCUUUAGACCUCCAAAAUUCACUCUCUUCACCCAGUCUUCCUCCAUCUUCCUCUCGCUCUGAUAGCUCUCUAACUCCCCUCAGAUCCCAGUCCUCACGUGGCAAGACAAAAACCAGAGGCCAGUCAGAACCACAACCAAAAAGGCAUCGAUCCCAAGGUGGAAGUACGGGCACUCUGGAUUCUUUUUUCAAGAGGAACUGAUGAUGUGUAUUCGGGAUGCACGAUAUUAGAUAUUUUCCCAAUAUCCGAUAUACAGAUAUGUAACAACUCAUUUGGACAAUAACCAAUAUGGAUAGCGAUCGAGCCACCUCU